AUGGAAAUUUCCAAUUCUACAGAAAAAUCAUCUUCUACAACUUUAAAUGCUUUAAUCGACCAAUUAAACAAAUUAAAACAUUUUCGUAUUCACACAGGAAAUAUUAAUACUUUUGUUGAUUUGAAGCUUAAAAGGUUUACAAAUUCUGCUGAAGAACUCAAAGAAACGUUUAAAUUGGUUUUGAAUAAUUUACCUUCAAAUAUUUCUGUUGGAGAUGAUGGAAUGCUUCUUUUAGUUGAUAAAAAACAUUGUGACAAUGUUUAUGAAAGAGAAGAUUUGAAGAUUACUUUAAAACUUUUUCUUGAGAAAUUUGAUUAUGAUUAUAUUAAAGAUGCUGUUGAAUCAAAUUCUCCCGAUUCAAUUGACGAAAAAUGGUUUAAUGAAGUUUUGCGUGUUUGGAAAGAAACAGAAAAUGGAUUGAUAGCACAACGGAAGGUUUUGUAUAUGGGAGUUGCCGAUUUUCAAUUACCUGAGCUUGAUCUUUUAUUUAAAAAAGCUGUCCAUAAACCAGGAAUUGUUCAUGUUUUUAUUGAUGGAUGUUGUGUGGUUAAUCCAGAGCUUCAAGCCUAUGCUAAACAAAAUUCAAUUCAACUUUUAACGCACAAUGAUCCAAAGCCUUUUCCAUUAAAAGAGGUCUUUCAUUGUUUUUGUGAGGACAAAUCCGAUCCCGAUUCAUCUCGAAUUUGUCAAACUUUAUUUGAGCCUGUCUGGGCAGCUAGAUAUACUGUUUGGGUACGGAGGCGUUCAUUAAUGGCUGCAAAGGUUUGA